AUGUUAAAUGGGACAAAUUUUAAGGUUUGGAAGGAAGUUGUAGAAAUUGUUCUUGGCUGUAUGGAUUUGGACUUGGCAUUGAGGACGGAACGACCCAUUUCCACUCCAGAAACCUCUAAUGAGGUAAAAAAAAUUGAGAAGUGGGAUCGGUCCAACCGAAUGUGCCUUAUGAUCAUGAAGCGCUCUAUUCCAAGGGCGUUUCAUGGCUCUAUUCCUGAGGGUCAAAGUGCAAAGAAAUUCCUUGAGGAAAUUGAGCAAUACAUUGCCAAAAAUAAAAAGGCGGAGACGAGUAACCUUUUGGCUAAACUCAUCUCCAUGAAGUAUAAAGGCAAAGGAAACAUAAGGGAGUACAUUAUGGAGAUGUCCAAUCUCGCAUCAAAACUCAAGUCACUUAAGUUAGAGCUUGGUGAAGACCUACUCGUGCACUUGGUUUUGAUCUCGCUUCCUUCACUCUUUGGGAAAUUCAAAGUGAGCUAUAACACUCAGAAGGACAAAUGGUCCCUCAAUGAUCUUAUAUCUCACUGUGUGCAAGAGGAGGAGAGGCUGCAAAGAGAUAGGACUGAAAGUGCUCACUUGAUUUCGACCUCUCAGAAUAAGAAAAGGAAGAAGACUAAGGGUGUUGCAGAAGAUACUUCUCAGCAAAAGAAAAAAAAUAAAGAUGAGGAAUUUACCUGUUACAUCUGCAAGAAGUCGGGACACAUGAAGAAAUAG